AUGACCGGCCCAUCGCCUUCGGCCUCCGGCCUCCUCCCCAUGCCCGGCUCGCCGUCGUCGUCGUGGGCUCUCUACCGCUCCCGCCUAUCAUCACUGUUUCGCCAUGCCGAUACGCAGGUUAUCGUGGCCUUUUGGCUACUUGGCCUAAUCAACAAUGUUCUCUACGUAAUCAUCCUCUCCGCAGCACAGGACCUCGUCGGCUCCUCCGUCCCGAAAGGCGUCGUCCUCCUCGCCGACGUGCUUCCCUCCUUCUUCACGAAGCUCAUCGCCCCCUACUUCAUCCACCGCGUCCCCUACUCCCUCCGAGUCGUCGUCCUCAUCGCUCUGUCGUGCUGCGGCAUGCUUCUCGUCGCCCUCACCCCUCCGACAAAAUCUGUCGCCGUGAAGAUGGUCGGCGUCGUUAUCGCGAGCCUCAGCUCCGGCGGCGGGGAGCUGAGCUUCCUCGGCCUGACGCACUACUACGGGCCCAUGAGCCUCGCGGGCUGGGGCAGCGGCACCGGCGCCGCGGGACUGGUCGGCGCGGGACUGUACGUAGUGCUGACGGACUGGUGGGGAUUCAGCGUUCGCAACAGCCUGCUGUUCUCCGCUUGUCUGCCCUCCAUCAUGUUCGUCAGCUUCUUCCUCAUUCUGCCCAAGGGGCCCCUGAGGGCCGGCAAGAAGGAGUACACGGCGGUGCCGGAGCGGGAUCUGGAGGACGAGGACGUGGAUGAGCUGCCCCAGAACGCGGCGUCGUCGGCGUUGCUCGCGCCGGGUCCGUCGGUGACGUCGACGGCGUAUUCUGUGGGGCACAAUACCGCGAUGCAGACGACGACGGCAUCGCACAGCUUCGACGCAAACCUGCGACGGGCCAAGGCGCUCUUCUUCCCGUACAUGUUGCCGCUGCUGCUGGUGUACAUUGCCGAGUACACAAUCAACCAGGGCGUGGCACCAACGUUGCUUUUCCCGCUGGAUUCGUCGCCGUUCAAGGAGUUCCGCGAGUUCUACCCGUUUUACGGGUUCCUGUAUCAGCUGGGCGUCUUCAUCUCGCGGUCGUCGACGCCGUUCGUGCGCAUCCAUCACUUGUACUUCCCGUCGCUGCUGCAGGUGGGGAACCUCGCGCUGCUGACGGCGCACGCCAUGUUCGACUUCAUCCCGUCCGUGUACAUUGUCUUCAUCAUCAUCUUCUGGGAGGGCCUGUUGGGCGGCGCGGUCUACGUCAACACGUUCGCGGAGAUCAUGGAGAAGGUGCCUGCCGAGGACAGGGAGUUCAGUCUGAGUGCCACGAGCGUGAGCGACAGCGGCGGCAUCUGCAUUGCGGGAUUCCUUGGUAUUAUUAUGGAGGUCCGGCUGUGUGAUUGGCAGGUUUCGCAGGGCCGUGAUUGGUGCAGGAAGAUCAAGGUUGGUUGA